AUGUCUGAAGAUGAGCUGCCGCUGGGACGAGCAAACCGCUCAGAAGAUAACCAUCUCUCGACAUGGAAAAUGGACAGAAUACAUGUUGGGCCAUCAAGCAGCACUACAGACGGGCAGCAACAGUCUCGGAACCAUCUGACAGCGAGCUUCAGCAACCUCAAAAUCGCAAGUCUCCCAAGUGAAAUGCCAGCUGCAAUCUGGCCGACAGGCGACAGUUCCAGACAAACACAGCCGCAGAGAAAACGAACCGUCGAUGGAGCCAUCAAGGACCAGCGCAUUUUACCCACGUUUAAUUUGAGGGAGAAUGAACCUGCACAGCGCGACAGCUACGGCCAAACCCCCAACAUGAAGUUCAAGAUGGAUUUGGACAUUCUGAGGCGCCGGAUUGCUGCAAUUGAAGCGCAAGAGCAAGGGAGCAUCCAGGAUAAGUCGGUUACGAAACGAGCGAAAGGACGGAAACAGCUAGCGGGAUUGCGGCAACAGCAGCAAAAGACGAGGAUGAAAGGCAGACAAGAUCCAGAGACAGAAAACAGUCUGAUGGACUGGAAGGAGGCGGUCAUUCGAUGA